AUGCGUCUUCUCCAUACGUCAGAGCUCAAUUUGACCGAUUUCAAUGCCAUCCUAUCACACACAUGGGCCGAUGGAGAGGUCUUGUUUGCAGAUCUGCAACGAGAUCCAACAGUAGCUAAAGAUCUCGGCUGUGAAUGGAUCUGGAUUGAUACCUGCUGUAUCGACAAGUCAAGUAGUGCAGAAAUAUCAGAGGCCAUCAACUCCAUGUUCCGGUGGUACAAGGAAUCCGACAUUUGUAUCGCCUACCUGGGGAUAGGCUCGCGGAAAGGUCUUACGGAGCGUAUCGCAGAAGCAACUGGGAUUCACACAAAAUACACAAUGUUCCCUCCCAGUCCAAUUUCUCAAGCAAGCGUUGCCGAACGCAUGUUCUGGGCUUCGCGUAGAGAAACAAGACGUGCCGAAGACAUUGCUUACUGCUUGCUGGGAAUAUUCGACGUCAACAUGUCGCUCAUUUACGGAGAAGGCCGCAAUGCCUUUAGAAGGCUUCAGGAGUCCAUUAUGCAGAAAACGGACGACCAAUCUAUCUUCGCGUGGGGCGAGAGGAAAGGCAUCUCGACCUUACUACUUACCAAAACCUGGCGUUUAUUUCUCGCAGACCAUCCCAAAGCCUUUCGGCAAUCGGCCAACAUUAUUCCAUUCGAGACACCAUUCACCAAAUCCAGGAUCAGAGUCAAUCACGAUGGCGUCACAAUUCAAAGUCCGAUGCGGGAAGCAAUCCAUCAUCCCUACGAAGAGCAGGACUCGGAAAACCGAUGCUUAUUAUUAGCCCCCUUGCUAUGCCAGUAUCAGGACGAUCCGCUCAACUGCAUUGCGCUGAUGCUCACUUGCGACAAGAUUCGCAAACCCGUGCAGGAUUCUAAUUCGGCGCCUAAGAGUUAUUACCGUCUGGGAAACGAAGUCUCUCUUGCGCCCAAACGAAUGUGGAUACCGGAAAACCUCUUCCCAGCUUUUCUGUCCUACAAGUUGUCCCUCGUGACCGAAAUGUCUAACACACGAGAGAGGUGCAUCAUCGAAAUUGCCGCCUUCAUAUCAUGCCAAACCUUCAACCAACUACAUCGUUCUACCGGUGCUGUUACGGUUGAUUUAGGGGCCCAGACUUGCUCUUCACUCUUUAGCGAGACGUUCCAUCUAGGGGUGCUGCAGUUGGUCCAUCUGGAAUGGAACUCAAGCCGCAACGUUACUCUGAUCUUGCAAGUUCUCUACUUCCGUUCCAGCAGACGCGAUUUGGGACAGUUUCCUGACUCAAAGUACUCAUUUACGGCAUAG